AUGGAUCCGCGCGGCGGCGAUAAAGGCGGCGGUGGCGAAUUCCGGCGCUCUUCAACCCGAAUAUCUAGGGCCCCCCUCAUCAAACACAUAAGCAACUCAAGAAAAUUCUCUAUCCGCCCCUCCUCCUCCUCCUCUGCUUCGGCGGAACAAAUUCAAACCUCGGAGACCCCUGAAAUUCCUCCGGCUCUUGUUUCCUCAUCUUCUCCACCAUUAUCAGCAACUUUGAUCGGGUGUAAUGAAGAUAUUCUGCUACAAAUUCUCCCAUAUUUACCCCCAAAAUCCCUCCUCCGCUUCCAAUCCGUCUCCAAGCAAUGGCUCUCGAUCAUCUCCAACCCCACCUUCCGCCGUCUCCACCUCUGGGUCAAUCCCACCACCGCCACUUCCGCCUUCAUUUUAUUCCGAAAGAUAAAAAACAUGGCCCCGGAGCUCAAUUUCAUCUCUUCCCACGAAGAUUAUGUGAAUCCCAUGGGUAACAUAGUUUCUAAUUUGAAUAAUUUGUUUGAUAAUGCCGAUAUUGUUGGCUUACAUUCUUGCAAUGGGUUGUUAUGCAUCAAGUUUUGUUUCAAUUAUGAUAGUAUAAAAUUUGUUGUUUAUAAUCCUACCACCAAUGAGUAUAGGCUGAUUCCUAGGCUCAAAAAGAUUGUAGAAGAACGGUUGUUGCAAACUUCAGUUGUUAAUAUUGCUUUUGACCCCUUGAAUCCUGCCCAGUACAAGCUUGUUUGCGUGAUAACAGACCAUUUUGAGAGUGAGUACCGGUUCAUUGUGUAUUCGUCUGAAACUGGUUUUUGGAGGGAGAGUGUAAAGAGAUUGGAUAUUUAUACUGAAAAAUAUUACUUUGAUAGAGGGGUGUUAUGGAAUGGCGGUCUUCAUUGGGCUACUCAAUGGGGUUCUACUAUUUGCUUUGAUAUAGAUCAUGAGUGCGUGAGGUCAACAGUGCCUAAUCUUCCAGCAUUGUAUGAUGAUUCUUCGGAAGUUUGCUAUUUUGGAGAUUCAGGAGGGGAAUUAUAUCUCAUUAGUGUUAGUAUGCCCCGGAAGACGGUGUUUAAUGUCUUUUCUCUGAAGAUGGACUAUUCUAAGUGGGAUGUGAAGCAUCGGAUUGAUCUUACUCUGUUGAGUAUUUUUUACCCAUUGGAUGUUGAUGAAGAGCUUGAUCCUAACGAGUUUGGUUUCCACAUACUGCAUUGUGUUGUGGACAAGAACAGAGGGAAUGUAAUGCUUGUGCUAUCAAUGCAUCGUAAAAUCUUUUGUUAUGAUAUCAAUGAUCUGACUGUCAAGGAGCUUGCCAACAUAGAGCCCAAGGAGGUUUCUUAUCGGUGGAUGGAAACCUCAAGGUACUUGCGGAGGGAUGCCUCAAAAUACAUGUGGAGAGAAGCCUACCAACAUGUUGAGACGUUGGCCUAUAUCUAA